AUGAUAGAAAAUUUUCCUAGACCUGAAUGUGUUGUUUGUGGAGAAGUACUAUCUAAUGAAAGUAUGAAGCCUUCACUACUCACUCGUCAUUUGAAUACAAAACAUUCAGAUUUAAAGGACAAAAAUGUUACUUUUUUCAAACGUUUACUAGAAAACAAAAAUAAGUGCAAUAUGCAUACCUAUCUAUCUUCAGGUAGUGCUAAUGCAGAUGCUCUUGAAGCAUCUUUUCGAAUUAGUUACCGUAUUGCCAAAAAUGGUACAAAUCACACCAUCGGUGAAAAUUUGAUUUUGCCAAGCAUUAAAGACGCAAUUUCUUGUAUGUUCGAAAAAGACUAUGUCAAUAAAAUACAUUCUAUCCCACUAUCAAAUGACACUGUCAGCCGUAGAAUCAAAGAUAUUUCUAAUGACAUUAAGGAGACACUACUAAAAGGCAUCAAUGAUAGUCAAUUAUUUUCCAUUCAAGUUGAUGAAAGUACUGAUGUUGCACAAUUAGCUGUUUUGUUAGUGAUUGCAAGGUAUUUGAAAUAA